UGUUUUAUUUCUACUCCCGGUGUUGUUCGACUAUUUGGAAGCACAGAACAGAAAACCAAAGGAUGAGUGGCAAAACUACCGUCAAACAGCUGCAGCAGCACGGAAACGACUCCGAACAGGAUGAAUUUGACGACGGGGUCAUACAUGACGACCCGGGGGACGGGAAUUCGAAUCCGGAAAUGGAAGAUGCCGCAAUGGUAGAGGAUGAUGAAUUGGGCGCCGAUUCAGCUGACGUUAGCUAUGGUGUCAUCGAAGCGCUGGACGAUUAUGAUCUUGAGCGCCUAGUAUAUGAAGAACGGAGUUAUCAGGAGCCGACUGUACAUGAAGAAACGGAGGAUCCAAUCGCUUCAGAAACUAUGGAGGAUCGAGAAACGCAGAUGCAAAGCCAGGCAGGAAGUUCUAAAACUAAAAAACGCCGCUCUACUGCAGUUAUUUUUGAUCCUAGUGAUGCGGAUCCCGGAUGCCAAACGAAUCUAAUUCUACGAGGUACAUUUUAUAAGCGGAAAUUCGUUGGGGAAACAUCCGGAAGUCAGGUAGCAUCGGAAACGGUCGUUGUGAAUACAGUGGAGGAAGUGCUGCGUGGAGUGUGGAGUAUUGCAAAACCGUUCUUAUGUCGCGAAGUGAUCUUCGUUGAUGGGAGUGAAGGGCAGCUUCCUACUUGGGCCGAUAGUGAGCCGUCUUUUGAGGAAAUGAACAGGUUUAUCAUCAUGCAAGAUCAAGGACAAAAACGACGAGUCACCACCGACAAAGUAGACAGCAAACUGCUCGUAAAUUGGCGCUCAAAGGACAUCAAAAUUCAUAUACACUUGUUCUCGAUUUCGGUUUCGUGCAGAUCCUUGUGGGACAUUGUGGACAAACAACUCAUCCGCCCUCAGAACGCAGAUCGUGCGGGAGCUCCAAACAAUCAAACAGUUUACUAUGUCUGA